AUGGGUGUCCAACGUCUUGCCGUCGCCCUUUUUGCUCUUGCUUCCGUUCUCUCUUGUGUCACUUCGGCCCCUGUUACUGGGAGCUCUGCCAUAGAAUCACCCAAGUCAGAGGCACCAAAGACCUACGAUGUCAUCGUCGUUGGUGGUGGCCCCGCCGGACUCAGCACACUGAGUUCCCUUGGCCGAGUUCGACGAAACGCCUUGCUCUUUGACUCUGGCUACUAUCGCAACGGCGUCACCCGACAUAUACAUGAUAUAAUCACCGAUGAUGGAAUUGUCCCAAGUGAAUUCCGCAAGAAGGCGAGAGAGCAGAUCAGCCGCUACGACACCACUAGCAUAAAGGACGUCAAGGUGACCAACAUCACCAAGAUCUUCGAAGACGGUGGGAAGAAAUACAACUUUCUCGUAACUGACAUGACUGGUAUGACAUACACGGCCCGCAAAAUUGUGCUUGGUACUGGUGUGAGAGAUGUUAUCCCAUCCACUCCGGGACUUCGGGAGAACUUUGGCAAGGGAAUCUACUGGUGCCCAUGGUGUGAUGGCUGGGAGCACCGUGACCAGCCCUUUGGCAUCCUGGGACGGCUCCGAAGUGUCGUGGAUAGCGUCUUUGAAGUCCGCACUUUGCACAAAGACAUCAUUGCGUUCGUGAACGGCACCGAGCACAAUCCGGAUGAUAUUGACUACUUGAAUCAAAGAUAUCCCGGAUGGAGGGAACGGCUACAGCGUUACAAUGUCAAGAUCAACAAUAAUUUGAUCACUUCCAUUGAUCGUCUUCAGGAUGGUUCCAAGGUGUAUGAUGAGAAGAACUGGAAUGAAUAUGACAAGUUCAGGGUCAACUUCGAGGACGGCGAGAGUGUCGAACGAAGUGUAUUCAUCACGAACUUCCCAACCGUCCAAGCGUCUGAUCUACCUGACCAGCUGGGCUUGGAGCGUGAUGAGAAGGAGUGGAACAAGAUCAAGGUCGACUUUAGAGGAAUGCAAUCUUCCAUCCCUGGUGUGUAUGUUGUCGGAGAUGCCAACAAUGACGGCAGCACCAAUGGAGUUCACGCCAUGUUCAGCGGUAAACGAGCUGCAGUCCGUAUUCAUGUUCAGCUCGAGAAAGAGGCGUCCGAGGCUUCUCUCAACAAACGAGGUAUCGAGUUCCCUGCUAAGCAGGUAGAAAGGGAUGCUCUCAGGUUGAUUGGAAGAAACCUCGAGCAUCUCGAGCAUCUAUGGGAUAGAAAGAGAAAGGAGUGA